UUUAUCUUCAAAUUAUUAUAAAAUAGUAUUUCAAUGAAAAUGAAAUAACUCUGUAUUAUUUUUAUAACCGGAAAGAUGUAUGACGUCAUUGUAAUUCAUUAACAUUCACAAACUUCAGCCAUAUUUGUUGUGCAUUGUGUACAGUAGACUCUUAUCCAUAGUCUAGAUCUAGACUAUAGCCGAAAUUCUUUCUGUCAGAUUCAUACGGAAAUUAACUUUGAACUGGUUGAUAGGUGGUCGAAAUUCGACGUUGAUUCCUUCUACGAUGGGAAUUAUAACAAUUUCUAUUCUUCUUGUCCUUUCAAACCAUGCCAUUGGAACUUCAGAAGUCAACCGCUUUAAACCAUCUAUAUGGUCUAAGUUAAUGGAGCAUGAUAAGCCUACAUUCCAUGGAGAAAUUAAAGAAAAUGAGAGAAUAGUUCAGUUGAAACCAGAGCUUCUUGCAAGUGAUUCAGAUGAAGUUGGGGCUGCUAAGUAUAUAUGUAAUUAUAUCAUCGCUAAAAACAAGCGGCAUCCUAAAACUCAGUCUCUGCCUUUUGAGAUCAUUGUUACGGAUAAGCUGACUGGGGCUGCAGAAAUCCGAGUGAAAGAUGGAGAAAAACUCAAUUUUGAGGAGCAUCCUGUCUAUAAGUUUGGCAUUGUUGCAGAGGAUUGUGGCACACCACCAAAACAGUCUAAUAAGGCCUACGUUUUGAUUAAAGUUCUUGAUGUUGAUGAAUUUGCUCCAAAGUUUGAAAAUGAUACCUAUUUCGCCAAUGUUGAAGAAGGAAAGAUGUAUGAUUCUAUUCUUGAGAUCCAUGCAUCUGAUCAGGAUGAAUCUGAGCCCUAUAAAACUAUCUGCAACUAUGAGCUCUUGACACCUGGUGUACCAUUUGAAAUCACACCACAGGGUGUUUUGAAAAACAAAGAGCCACUUGAUUAUAGUCUCCAUAGAAACUUUAUCCUUGGGGCUGUUGCCAUUGACUGUGGAGGUCGUAGGUCAGACCCAGUUUAUAUCAAUCUUGCCAUCACUGAGAAAUGCCACAGCGGCUGGUCUGGCCUGGAAGAUGUCAUUAAAUACAGGGCUGGCUCUGGCCAGCAGAGGCUGGGCGAGGGGGCAUCUCUUAAGCUAUGUGACAGUGACUGCAAGCCUGCACAAGUCAACGUGAAACUGACUCUGACCACCAAACAUAUUGGCAAAGGGUGUGACAGAGAUACAUACUCUGUGAAUUCUCAGAGAAAAUUGUGUGGAGCCAGUGGUGACAGUGUAGACUUGUUGCCCUCCCCCAGCACUGCUGAUUGGGCACACAACAUUCCAACUGAUGAUGGCCAUGAAAUGGACCAAGUGUUCUCCUUUGAUGGCCAGAGCAAUGCUUUGGAAGUGCCAGAAUCUGUGUUCAACCACAUGCUUCACAAGCAGUUCACUAUCUCAGCCUGGUUACGUCAUGGGGAGGCUCAGCAACAGAAUAACUCUAAAGUCCCCAAGGAACACAUACUUUGUAUGUCUGAUGGGGAUGGAAUGAAUCGACAUCAUUAUGGCCUUUACAUCCAUGGUGAAAAGCUGAUUCUUUUGCUGCGCAUAGAGGCAGAGGACGUAGAAACUGAGGAGGACAUGAAAGUCUUCAAACCAGCUGAGUUCCGAUGGGCCAUUCCUCAAGUUACAGAUGAUAGGUGGCAUCACUUUGCUGUUAGUGUUGACCUUCAGGAAAACAAGGAUGAUGGAGUUCGUCUCUACAUCGAUGGUAAAUUGUUUGUCACAAAUGAUGAAAAUUUUGAAAUCAUUGACGACUGGCCUCUUCGAAGAACUAAAAAGGUCCACGGAACUAAACUUGUUGUUGGUGCAUGCUGGCAAGGAGCAGCAAAUACUUUUAGCCAUUACUACAAGGGCUACAUGGCAGGACUGUUUGUUCUAAAAGGCAAGACUGAAAGUGAAAGGGUCAUAAAGUGUUUGAACAACUGCAAAGAAAAUUUGGAUUUCCAUGCCAUCAGUGAUAUGUCCAGUGGCACUAGUGUCAGCUUCAAUAGUGAGAUGACGGAGUUUACAAUCAACAGUCGAAGCGUGGAAGAGGUGAACAGGCUUAUGGGCCAAGUGGCUUAUGUGAAUGCUCGUACUUAUCCGACCCCUGGCUAUAGAACUCUUACUAUUGAAACCUCUCUCAUCUGUGAAGGCCAGACUGUUGUUCUUCCUCUUUUGGAGAAAAAGAUUUUGGUGGAAGAGCAGCAAGAGCCAGUAUUUGUCAUCACAGGCUACUCCAACCUCACCCGCAUGGUGUAUGAGUUUGAAAGAGGGCUUCGUGUCUUCCAUGACAUUCACAUUUUUGCUAGGUCUCAGCCCUUGGAAGAUAUGGACGAUACUGAUGGACAGGAUGAGACUGGUUCUGCCAAAGUUGCUAAGCUGGCUCAGAAGCUCUCCAAAACUUUGUUGCAACAGUCAACAGAUCAAAAGGAUGAUGACUUUAUGAUUGACGAGUGCCAUGUGAAGGCAGAUCCACCUCUCAACUUAUUCAUUGAACACCUUUCCCUUCCCACUCAUCUGAUGGAGAUACAUGGUUUGGAGUGGAGUGAAACUAAUGAUGGUGUUGUCAUCCGCAAUGCUGAUACCAUUCCCAACUAUGAGAAUGUGAUUCGUAAUAUUCAUUACUACCACAACAAGCCAGAGGAGUUGGCCAAUAGAACACUCACAUUGUAUUGUUCAAGUCAGAACCAAAGAUUCAUUAGCACUAAAUUCAUUGAGAGGCUGGUCGCUGUUCAUCAAGCACCUCCACCAGUUCCCAAAGCUGCUAAUAUUCAGUCCAAUGUUCAAGGAAUUCACCAGUCUUUGAAAACUUCCAACAUAGAUGGUCUUCAUGCACCAGGAGCUGCUAGCUCCAAUCUUGGAAUGGUGGCCAUAAUUGUUGUGUGUGUAGGUUUCCUACUCUUCAUGAUUGUCUUGGGUGUGAUUCGAAUUCGUGCUGCUCACAGGAGAACUCAGGUUGUUCAAGUAGAUGAGAAACAAGAGAUGGAGUGGGAUAACUCUGCCUUAAACAUCACCAUUAACCCAAUGGAGCAAGAGAUGUUUGAAUAUGAGGAUGGUGCUAGACCAACCUUCCCAGAAGAUAGUGAUAGUGAUGAAGAUGAAGAAAGUAGCAUGCAGGGGGAUUAUGGUGACAGCACUGAAGAUGAAGAGCCUGCCCCUCAGGGCAAAGGGCCAGUUGGUAAUGAAUUAGAGUGGGAUCACACCAGCUUUUAAAAGCUUUUGUAAACUCUCUUCAAUUGUAGUAUGAAUUAGAAGCUGUAAACUACUGUGCUAGUAUGUCAUCAUCUAUCUACAACUGCUUGUGAGAUUGUCAAACAACAUUCCUCAUGGGAGACAGCAUGAAUCACUCCAGCUCAUGAUGGCCACUGUACUAAGUCCCAUGAUUUCUUUCUGUGUAUAAGUGUGUUUGUCUACCUGGACUGUGCUAAAUCAGCAUUCAUACUCUUACACAACAUGCGAAGGUGUUUGGAUAUUCUAUUCUCAUCAGAGAUUAAGCAUGUGUUGUGAUUUCUUUGAAUUUUUACUAUUAGGAUCUGAUUUUUUUUUUUUUUUUUUUUGGCUGGUCUCCAAAAUAGAAAAAUAGUCCUUUCAAUUUAUUCACUGGCUUUGGUUGUGUAGAUAUGAAGACUCACAAGCAGGCUAGAAAAACUUCAUUGUAUUCAUAGAUGUGACAUGAAAGGAAACAUGAGGAAACCUACUGGUUGAAAAUAUGAGCUUUAAAAUACAUUACUAAAAACUUUACUAUAGUUAGAAAGUUUUAAUCUUUUAGUCACUUCUAAAUUGUAAGACAUUAUGUUUAAUGUUAUUGUUUUUAAAAUGUUUAAUAACCAAAAAACAAAAACUGAGAAGAAAUUUGUCAAUUAUCCCUAUGGUUUUUAAUGUAAAUAUAUACAUUUGUCUUUUACAAAAUUUAUAUGUGAAUGUUAGUAAUGUGCAUAAUGUUUUUAUAAAAUUAGAAGGAUGAAAUAAUUUUUUAUUUUAGUGUGUAUAGAAAAUAGUAAUUCAAUCAUAGAUAUUUUAAAAUAUUUGACAUUUAACUAAGUAAUGUUAAUUACUUGACAGAUGUUCCUUCUAAAAGGAUUGAGUCCUACAUGUAACCAUGUGUUAAUUUAGUUGUUCUUGUUAAUGUAGAGAUAGUGUUUUACAGUGACAUUAAAAUCCAUUAUAUUUAUUACUACUUCAGAAUGUGUAUGUGUAUGAAAGCAGUGUGAUUCAUCCUGUAUUAUGAGCCAGUUUCUUUGAGUAUUAGUUGUUCCAACGAACUCCAUGUACCUCCAUUGAAAUCUUUUUUUUUUCUUUCAACUGGCUUCUAUAUGAUACUUAACCAGAUCGUGUUGUUUCUCUUUCUCUUUGAUAUGGCAUCUUUAAAAAAGGCUUAGUUUGUAAGAAGGCAAUGAUAUUUUCUACAGCAAGUUGAUCUUUUCAAAUGGUAUAUUUGUGAAGCUUUAACUAAAGAUGUUACUUUCAUAAGCUCCCUUUAGUUUCAUCAUUGUGCUCAAGUUUUCUUCUCUUGCUUUAAUUCAUUCCUAAAUCAUUAUUGUUUUUUAUUUCCUGUAUGUGUCCACACCUGAUUGAUGUCUUAGCGACUAGUCUGUCUUUACUCAUUCAUUCCUCUAGUGUGCUCUCUUUGAUCAGGCACACACACUCAUCAACAUUGUAUAUUGGCUAACAUUUCUUUCUCUCUCUCCACUCUGCAUUGAAGUAUUGUACCAUCAACAUUGGAUUUCUUGUUUUCAUUCUCAAUUACUGCCUGUUUUUUUGGGCCAAUGCAUUUUUUUUUUAUUUCAAGGAUGUAUUCUAUGUGCGCUCACACUAUGUUGUUUUGGUUGUUGUUAGUUGUAGAAGUACUUACUAUUAGAUCACUAUUUUUUUUUUUUUUUUGUGUGUACAACUUCUACCAAUCUUAAAAUCAAAAAUUGUCUAUUGGAAUUUCUGACAUUUUGUUUCUAGAAAUAGUCUAUACUUUGUGACCAUCACAUUUGUUGAGUUCAAUGUUACAAAUUGUGUACAGAAUACUAAUGAAAGGACAGUGUAUGAAACAGAACAAUUUUGUUCACUUGCUAGCAGCUGAUGUUGUAGCUUUGCUUUAGGUGCUCAGUAAAUAAACAUGUUUUUGUUUUUUUGUUUUUAAAUUAAUUUUUGUUGUGUAUUUGUUAGGCUGUUGCUUUGUGAUAUGUAUUAUAUAUUUCAUUCUAAUUUUUUGUUGUUUAAGUCACUAGAUAUGGCUACUUUUGAUGUGUGUGGUUACUGGACAGCUUAAAUGUAUAUGUUUGUCUCCUUAUGAUUCUGCCAUUGAUUCUCUUUGAACAAUUAUCACAGUACAUUAUACACCUUUCUCUUAUAGAAAACAUUUUUUUUUUCUUGCCAGGGGACUUUUCUAUAUAAAUUUAUUUCCUUAUAUAUUAUUUAUAUCCAAAGUUAUUUGAAAGUUUUUUUUUUUUUUUUUUUUUUUAAAAGGCUUAGUUUACUAAGCUGGCCAUUUCCUUCAGAUUAUAUUUGAUAUUUAUGUAUAUUUGUAUAUGUUUUAGACAUAUCUACACACAGCUGACAGACACAUGCUCUCCCCUCCCCUACGACUUGUUAGAGCUGAACAAGUCUUGAAGUGUUGUGAUUUUUUUGGUUUCAAACUUUACACAUUUGUUUCUUGUGUUCAUCUUAAUGGCCUCGUUCCUUUGUGGUUUAUCUUACUAAGAUCAUACUUUGUGUGGCUCACCCCUACCACUUGAGUAUGUGGUCCUCUCAUCUCAUUUAGUACAUUCCAUCCUUACUUGUUUUUUUUUUUCCUAAGUCAUCACAUAGCACAAUUUUUUUUUCAGUUAGUUUAUGUUUAGUAUCUCCAUGAGUAAGACUAUUGGUGGUUUGAUUAUGUCAUCAAACCCUUUUUGUAGUCUUUUUUUUUUUCACUUUAUAUCUUUAACAGACUUUUUGGAAAAUUAAUUUAAAAUAUCCAUUUCUAUGGGUUUGUUUGAUCUAAUGUUUCUAAGAUAAAUGGCUUGUAUGACUAAAUUGUUCAACUAAUGUAUAUUUUUCACAUGAAUUUUUUUUUAUGAGUCACUAAGUUAAGUACUACUAGCUCAACUGAAGAUAUUGACUAGUUGCUUCCAUGAUAUUGGAAAUAAAGCAAAUUGGAAAACUUUUUUUUUUUGUGUAUGAUUACAUUUCAACAACUACAGAGCUCAGCUCUCAUCAUGGGAUGCUGAUGUGCAGCAGGUCUCCAUCCACUAGCUCAAUGCUAAACAUCAUUUUGUAGCAACCAUUGAUUCACCAUUGACCACCUCAUCUGAUUUAGUCUCUUUAUUUUUAUUUGCAUGUUCAUUAUUCAUUGUAAACUAUUUAAAAAAAACAGCAAAAAAAAAAAACAACUUACUCUUUAAAUUUAAAGAAAAUUUUUUAUGUUUUGGUGUAAACCUAGCUGGAGAUUAAAAACCCAAAAAGUAUACAUUUGUAUAUUCUUAUUAAUUGAAUAAGUUUUUUUGAAAUAUAAGGUAUACAGUUCACAUUUUGUUUGGCUACAUAUUGUUAAAUGAUUAUCAAACUGUGGUGUUCAAAUUCUCUUCCAAGUUAGAAAUAGUUUAAGUUGUCUUUAUUGCCAGUGUUACAAAAAGUGCAAUGUGGUCCAUUAGAAUCAAAAAAUCAUUGACCUACUGCUUUAAAACAUAUUUCCUGUUCCUAAGUAUUUGAUAUUCAACUCUGUAGUGUUAGGCCAUUGACUCAGUCUAACAAUGUUGUGUCAUAUGUCCAAAGUAAACCAUCAGUCUAAUAUGUAUGACAAUAAACACAUUUGGUGAGUUAA